CUCUAGCCUUCAGAAUCUUUGCUCGCAUUCCCAAUCGUCCGAUCUCUCUCUCUAUCUCUCAUCGCCCGAGAUGUCGCCGCUUCUCCGAUCCCGGUGCUCCGCUGCCUCGCCGGACCGCCCUACUGUUCUUCUCUGAAGUCAAUUUUCUUUUGCUUUUCUUUGAAUUUCUCUCUCCGAAAGUGAGAACGAUUCGUUGUCUUUUCUGCUAGACUCGAUUUUAAAAGUGAAUUUUCAAGGAAUUUGGAAUCAAGGCUGAGAAUUUUGAAGUUCUUGUCCUUGCCAUGCCGGACGUCUGAAUCUGCCUUUUCGAUUUUCUGCCUCUGCAAUUCUCGGGGUUGCGAUGACCGAUCAAGUAACUUGAGGCAUCACUCAUGUUGUGGAAGCAAGGAUUGUUGUCUGAGCUUCCGAGUCUGCGAGACUGUGCAUACUAUAUUUGAGUAUUUCGGAUAUUGUUUUUCUCGACGUGUGGGAGGAAUUGAUCUGGCGCAAAUCAGGUGUGUUAAAGCUAUGUCGUCGAAGGUUGUGUAUGAAGGUUGGAUGGUGCGGUAUGGCCGACGGAAGAUCGGCAGGUCCUUCAUUCACAUGCGUUAUUUCGUGCUCGAAUCUCGGUUGCUCGCGUAUUACAAGAAGAAGCCCCAGGAUAAUCAAGUUCCAAUUAAGACCAUGCUAAUUGAUGGAAACUGUAGAGUGGAAGAUCGUGGCUUGAAGACGCAUCAUGGACAUAUGGUUUACGUCUUGUCUGUUUACAACAAGAAGGAGAAGUACCAUCGAAUUACGAUGGCAGCAUUCAAUAUCCAAGAAGCAUUACUGUGGAAGGAAAAAAUUGAGCUUGUCAUUGAUAUGCACCAAGGCUCACAAGUUCCAAAUGGGAACAAAUUUGUAUCUUUUGAAUAUAAAUCUGGGAUGGAUAAUGGGAGGACUGCUUCCUCCUCAGAUCAUGAAAGUCAGAUUAGUGCACAGGAGGAUGAGGAUGAUGCUGAUCCAAAUUUACUGCGAAGGACAACCAUAGGAAAUGGACUUCCAGAGUCAGUACUUGACUGGACCAGGGAAAUAGGGUCAGAUUUUUCAAAUCAAAAUGCCAAUAGUCAAGCUUUUUCUCGGAAGCAUUGGCGUCUAGUUCAGUGCCAAAAUGGGCUUCGUAUAUUUGAAGAGCUUGUGGAGGUUGACUACCUUCCAAGGAGCUAUAGUAGGGCAAUGAAAGCUGUUGGUGUAGUGGAGGCUACUUGUGAGGAAAUCUUUGAACUUGUUAUGAGCAUGGAUGGAACACGGUUUGAGUGGGACUGCAGUUUCCAGUAUGGUAGCUUAGUUGAAGAGGUGGAUGGACAUACAGCAAUACUCUACCACAGGCUCCAGCUUGACUGGUUUCCAAUGUUUGUAUGGCCACGGGACCUCUGCUAUGUACGUUAUUGGCGUCGGAAUGAUGAUGGAAAUUAUGUGGUAUUAUUUCGCUCAAGGGUGCAUGAGAACUGUGGUCCACAACCAGGGUAUGUGCGGGCCCAUAUUGAGAGUGGUGGAUUCAACAUUUCACCUCUGAAACCUAGAAACGGGAAGCCAAGAACUCAAGUGCAGCAUCUUAUGCAGAUUGAUCUGAAAGGAUGGGGUGUGGGCUAUUUGUCAUCAUUUCAGCAGCAUUGUCUCUUGCAGAUGUUAAAUAGUGUUGCUGGGCUGCGCGAAUGGUUUGCACAAACAGAUGAAAGGAAUGCUCCUCCGAGAAUACCGGUUAUGGUCAAUAUGGCUUCAGCUUCUGUUUCAACACAGAAGAGCCUGAAGGUCCGGGGGUCCAGUGUUCAUCGUGCUACCUCUUCUAUUGACCAAAUUAAUACUGCAAAUAGAAAUUCUGUUAUGUUGGAUGAAUACUCUGACGAAGAUGAAGAAUAUCAAAUACCGGAGUGUGAAGAAGAGGUGUACCCAACUGAACAGGAGAAUGAUAACAAAAGAGCAGCCUUGGAAGAAGAAUCAGCAGAUCCAAUAGAUUUAUCCUGGUUCUCGGGAAAUAUAAGGCAUGAUGAUCGUGAUGGUGCUCGAGACUGCUGGAGAAUUUCUGAUGGGAACAACUUCAGAGUUCGUAGCAAGACCUUUUGUUUUGAUAAGACUAAGAUUCCAGCUGGGAAGCAUGUAAUGGAUCUGGUUGCUGUCGAUUGGCUGAAGGACACGAAAAGAAUGGACCACGUUGCCAGGCGUCAAGGCUGUGCUGCUCAAGUCGCUUCAGAAAAAGGUCUUUUCUCCGUCGUCAUGAAUGUGCAAGUUCCUGGAUCGACACACUACAGCAUGGUAUUUUACUUUGUGACGAAGGAGCUAAUUCCCGGAUCUCUUUUGCAACGUUUUGUUGAUGGUGACGAUGAAUUCCGCAACAGCAGGUUAAAACUCAUUCCAUCAGUUCCCAAGGGUUCAUGGAUUGUUCGGCAAAGUGUUGGAAGCACUCCUUGCUUGUUGGGAAAAGCAGUUGAUUGCAACUACGUUCGAGGCCCCAAGUAUUUAGAAGUCGAUGUUGAUAUUGGCUCUUCGACCGUUGCUAACGGAGUUUUGGGACUUGUCAUUGGUGUAAUUACAACAUUGGUGGUUGACAUGGCUUUCCUUAUACAGGCAAAUACUACAGAAGAAUUACCAGAGCGAUUACUUGGCGCAGUGCGAGUUUCUCACAUACAACUCUCCUCUGCCAUAGCCGCUAACUUGGACUCAGAACCGUCAUGAAAUUUCUGCUUCUUCUUCUUCUUCUACACUCUCAUUUGUCCAUCUCUCAAUUUUUACUUCUCUCAAUACCAAUUGCAUUCUUCUCUGCCCCACAAUUCUCCACAUAUAAAUGUUCCUAAUCCUUCUUCUUCUUCUUUUUUAAAUAAAAAAGUGGCAAAAUAGAAAUCGGAAGUCGUCUAUCUUCUAGGUCUUUCUAGGUCUUUUAGAUAAGGGUUUUAGAGACAUUGAACGACACGAAAGAGAAACCUCGAAUGAAGAAUGUUAGAUGAGAUAGAAUGUGCAACAAAAUCAUGUUAGUUACCUCCCAUGAGUGAAUAGAGCAUUAUUAUUUCUUUAACUUCAAAUGUUGAAGAUGGGUUGUUUGCGUGCCCAAUUCUGCCCCGCCUGAGACACGCCUAACACCAAAGAAGGGGUAACUUGGCGAUCGGUCAGCGUUCGUGUUGGGCGAGGAAAGAAGAGUAGCAAUGGUGGAAACCUUUUUGGUGUGUCAAAGAAGGUAUUAUUUUUCUCAGUACCCUCAAACCUUUGGUAUUGCCUGUAAACACUAUCAUAUAACUUAUUUCCUUAUCUUUUUCACUGUAUUUCUUAGAGAAAGUUUGGAUUAACAGCAAUAUGCAGUAAACAUACAUAUCA